CAGUAUGCGUCUCACUCACACACACGUCGCGAGUAAAAUUUUUGUGUUUGCUGCGGGACGUCCAAGUGUGAAAAACUAAAGAAAAUUGCAUUUUUUGCAUAAUGCGCGACGUGAAAAGCUAACAAAAGUUGUCAAAAAGCAAAAUUGAAUAGUCUGGCUAACGUCUGUGUAUAAUUUUGGCAGCGCAUAACGUGUUCGGGUGCACAAAAAACGACGUCUCGAAAAUAUAAGAAAUAUACGUGCACACAUUUUUUGCUGCCCAAUCUAAAACGCAUACAAAAGCAUUUUCUUGCUGUAGAAGCGCCACCGAAGUUGUCGUCGUCGUCGUUUGUCCAGCGGAGCACCCAGCACACCAGAAAUUUUCACACAUACACAUACAUACAUUGAUGAGAGAACACCCACACAUUCACUCACACAUUGAGAGAUCAAGAUAAAAAGCAUAAAAGAGAAUUUGUUCUUUAGUUGUAUUGCAAACAACAAAAAAAAACAUACAUAUGUAUAUGUAAAAGCAUAUGUAGAUGUACAUACAUACAAACAUACAUAUAACGAAAGCUGUGCCUACAUUUGUGUUCUUUUCCAAUACUACAAUAAAAAACAACAACUACAACAACAAUAAGAAUUGUAAUAAUAAUUGAAUAGAAAUAUAAUAAUUAACGAGACUCGACAUUAAACUCAACGCAUUUUUUUUAAGUAAAUCGCGUGGUCCUAAGUGCGAAAAUUCCAAAUAAAUUCACAUUGCGCCCAUAAACAAAAACAAAAAGAAACAAAUGCGAAAAUCAACCAAACGAAUAAAUCUACUUUAAAGUGUGAUAAGCAAAAGGCUGAAAUCAAAAAAAAAAAAGUAUAAUAAUUAGUAGGAACGAAAAGCAACAAAUAAAAAAAAAACAACCAACAACAACUACAAGAACAAUCAAUUACAUUUAAAACAGAGCAAAACCAACAAAAAACACUCGCAAACACAAAGACAAAAAAAAAACAAAACACACCUUUGAUACACUCUUACAUUUCUUAAACAAACAAAAAACUAGUGCAAAAUGUAUCCAGUUGGACAACAGUCACAGUGGACCACCCCCUCGCCCACGCGGCCUCAGAGCCCCUCUCAGGCGCAGACUAGCUUCGACACGCUCACAUCACCACCAACGCCCGGUUCUUCGGUAAAUCCCACCGCUGUCACCAGCCCAAGUGCUCAGAAUGUGGCUGCCGGAGGUGCCACUGUGGGUGGCGCUGCUGCCGCCGCUGCGGCUCAGGUCGCCUCGGCCCUUGGCUCCACCGGCAGCGUAUCGGCGGCAAUUGCCGCUGCGGCAGCUGCAUCGCCCACCACUCAGCCGGACAUGCCGGUGUUUACGUGCCCCCGACGGCCGAAUUUGGGACGGGAGGGUAGACCGAUUGUGCUGCGUGCGAAUCACUUUCAAGUGACGAUGCCGCGCGGCUUUGUGCAUCACUAUGACAUCAACAUCCAGCCGGAUAAGUGUCCACGGAAGGUGAACCGUGAAAUUAUCGAGACGAUGGUGCAUGCGUACAGCAAGAUCUUUGGAGUGCUCAAACCCGUAUUCGAUGGUCGCAACAAUUUGUACACGCGCGAUCCGCUCCCCAUUGGCAAUGAGCGGUUGGAGUUGGAGGUGACGCUGCCAGGCGAGGGCAAGGAUCGCAUUUUCCGUGUGACCAUCAAGUGGCAGGCGCAAGUGUCUCUCUUCAAUCUGGAGGAGGCGCUCGAAGGACGCACCCGUCAAAUACCCUAUGAUGCCAUACUGGCCCUCGAUGUGGUCAUGCGUCAUUUGCCAAGCAUGACGUACACGCCGGUUGGACGCAGUUUCUUUAGCUCCCCCGAUGGCUAUUAUCAUCCACUUGGCGGCGGUCGUGAGGUCUGGUUUGGUUUCCAUCAAAGUGUGCGGCCCUCGCAGUGGAAGAUGAUGCUCAACAUUGACGUUUCGGCCACUGCCUUCUACAAGGCGCAGCCGGUCAUCGACUUUAUGUGCGAGGUGCUGGACAUACGUGACAUUAACGAGCAGCGAAAACCGCUCACUGACUCGCAGCGCGUCAAGUUCACCAAGGAAAUCAAGGGACUCAAGAUCGAGAUUACGCACUGCGGCCAAAUGCGUCGCAAAUAUCGUGUCUGUAAUGUAACACGUCGCCCUGCUCAAAUGCAAUCUUUCCCACUCCAGUUGGAGAACGGCCAGACUGUGGAGUGCACUGUUGCCAAGUACUUUUUGGAUAAGUAUCGCAUGAAGUUGCGCUAUCCGCAUCUGCCGUGUCUGCAGGUGGGACAGGAGCACAAACACACCUACCUGCCCUUGGAGGUGUGCAACAUUGUGGCCGGACAACGAUGCAUCAAGAAGCUGACCGAUAUGCAGACAUCGACAAUGAUCAAGGCCACCGCGCGUUCGGCACCUGAUCGUGAGCGCGAGAUUAACAAUUUGGUGAAACGUGCCGACUUCAACAAUGACUCGUAUGUCCAAGAGUUUGGUCUGACCAUCUCGAAUUCCAUGAUGGAGGUGCGCGGUCGCGUUUUGCCGCCACCCAAAUUGCAGUAUGGGGGACGUGUGUCGGGCAUUGCCGGGCAACAGUUGUUCCCGCCCCAGAACAAGGUCAGUCUGGCUUCACCCAAUCAGGGUGUCUGGGAUAUGCGUGGCAAGCAGUUCUUUACCGGCGUCGAGAUUCGCAUUUGGGCCAUCGCCUGCUUUGCUCCGCAGCGCACAGUGCGAGAGGAUGCGUUGCGCAACUUUACGCAACAGCUGCAGAAGAUCUCCAACGAUGCUGGCAUGCCCAUUAUUGGCCAGCCCUGUUUCUGCAAAUAUGCCACAGGUCCGGAUCAGGUGGAGCCCAUGUUCCGCUAUCUGAAGAUAACGUUCCCAGGACUGCAGCUGGUCGUGGUCGUGUUGCCGGGUAAAACGCCUGUUUAUGCAGAGGUUAAGCGUGUGGGCGACACCGUCUUGGGCAUGGCCACGCAGUGUGUGCAGGCCAAGAACGUGAAUAAGACGUCCCCGCAGACGCUCUCCAAUCUGUGCCUCAAGAUCAAUGUGAAGCUCGGCGGCAUUAAUUCCAUCUUGGUGCCAUCCAUUCGGCCAAAGGUCUUCAACGAGCCUGUCAUCUUCUUGGGCGCCGAUGUCACUCACCCGCCAGCUGGCGACAACAAGAAACCAUCGAUUGCCGCCGUUGUUGGCUCUAUGGAUGCGCAUCCAUCGCGCUAUGCGGCCACGGUGCGUGUGCAGCAACAUCGCCAGGAGAUCAUCCAGGAGCUGAGCAGCAUGGUGCGAGAGUUGCUCAUUAUGUUCUACAAAUCCACCGGCGGCUACAAGCCGCACCGAAUCAUACUCUACCGCGAUGGCGUCUCCGAGGGUCAAUUCCCCCAUGUGCUGCAGCACGAGUUGACGGCCAUUCGCGAGGCAUGCAUUAAACUGGAGCCCGAAUACCGACCGGGUAUCACCUUCAUUGUCGUCCAGAAGCGCCAUCACACACGACUCUUCUGUGCCGAAAAGAAGGAGCAGAGCGGCAAGUCGGGUAACAUUCCCGCCGGUACCACCGUCGACGUUGGCAUCACCCAUCCCACGGAAUUCGAUUUCUAUCUGUGCAGUCACCAGGGUAUCCAGGGCACCAGCCGUCCCUCGCAUUACCAUGUGCUCUGGGAUGACAAUCACUUUGAUUCCGAUGAGCUGCAAUGCCUCACCUAUCAACUGUGCCACACCUAUGUGCGAUGCACGCGCUCUGUCAGCAUACCAGCACCCGCAUAUUAUGCGCAUUUGGUUGCCUUCCGUGCCAGAUAUCAUCUGGUUGAGAAGGAACACGAUUCCGGCGAGGGAUCACACCAGAGCGGCUCAUCCGAGGAUCGUACACCAGGAGCCAUGGCACGAGCCAUCACUGUUCAUGCCGAUACCAAAAAGGUCAUGUACUUUGCCUAAAAAGUUACAGCAUCAACAAACAACAACAAAAACAAAAACGACACCAAAAACACAUCAACAUCAACACAACACACAGCAGCAACAACAAGAAAUUUUCGAAAAUGAAUUCGAAUAAGCAGCAGAAAAACAAGAGAAAUACAAAAAAGUGAGAACGAAAAAGCCAAGCCGAAAGCAUUAGAAAUUAGGUUUAAAAGUAGUAAGUAAAGCAGAUGAUGAAAGAGAGAAGUCGGAAGGUCUGAAAUAAACACACACACACACACACACAACAACCACACAACACAAUAUACACCAAGCAGAAUACAACUGAAUAUGAAAGGGAAUCGAAUGUUAUGAAAAGCACAAGUGAAAAACAAAAUUCUCAAAAAAGCGUAGCGAAACAAAUAAAAACAUUACUAAAGGGAACAAAACGAAAGUCAAACAAACAACCACAACAACAACAACAAAACUGCAACACACAUUUACGAUGAAACUUUUUGUAAUAGAAUAAAUUAUAUUUUUACACAAACUUAAGAGAAAAGAAAGAAAAAAAAACAAAACAAAAACACAAAAAUGAAGACAAGAAUUGCAAAUAACCAAAGGUUUUUAGUAUAUCAAAAAAUAUGUUGCUGACGUUGCAAUACACACACACACACACACACACACACACUUACACCACACAGACAAAUACACACCCACACCAACACCAAUACCAACCACAAGACAACAAUAACAAGAACAGCUCGGAUUCUCUGUACUGUGAACGAAAACCACCAACAACAUGCAUAAGGUAAAAACAUCAGCAAAAUGACAAAAACGAAACAAAAACCAACAACAAGCUUGACAAGCAUUAAACGAGUGUAAUAAUAAUUAGCAUGGUAUUAAUGUAAUGCAAAACAAAUAACUUCAAUAAUUCAACUCAAAGUCCAGAUUGUGUAAAAUUAAUGGAGAGAAUUGUGAAACUUUAGAACACAUAAGCCGAAAGAAUUACCAAAAAAAGCAAGAAAAAAAAGAUACAAAAAAAAAAAUAAGAAUAUUAAUCCAGAAAGAUUAAGUAUAACUCCAAUUUCAACAAGGGACAAAACUUUUGGUCAUACAAUUAUUAGUUAUAUUUAUAUAUAAAUAUAUAUAUUUAGGCAACUUAUAUGUAACUAUAUAUUGUGUGCAGAAAUCGAGAAGGGAAGAAAGUGAAAACUUUAGAACAAGCAUCAGAUUUCAAUAAUUUAAAAGUCAACAAAGUGAGUUUUAGCUAAUAAGCAAAUAAUUUGAGACAGACAUACAUACACACAGACAAUCCAAAAUACACACACAACCAUCUACACACACACACACAAACGGCAUAUCAACCCAAUGUCCAUUUAAUUUAUGUACCUUUAAAUUAGCUCAUCUUAUAAGUUGCAUAAUUUUUAAUAUUAAUUCUAAUUAACAAAAAUAUUACAUGGUGUACGGGUCAAAAACAAACAUUUCUUUUAGUUAAUAGAACAAAAAUAAGAAAAAAAUCAAGAAACAGCAGCAGCUACCCAACAAAUAUCAAGAAGAGCAUCAACAAAAAUCGCAUUAGUUUAGCUUUAAUUUUAAUUGUUUGUUUUUUAAAUGCCAAUCAAAUGAUAUACACAACAAAUGUACUUUUGUAAAGGACACAGUUCAAGUUAACAUUAUUGCUGAUUUGCUAUCUAUCGAGUCGAAAAUGCAGUGGCUCAUUAAUUUAUAUAUAUUUAUAUAUAUAUAUAUAUAGACAUCUGUCCCUAACAUACACACCAACACACAAACAACAUACGCAUUAUAAAUUUAGUUAAAAUUUUAACAUUUUUUUAAAUAUCUGCCAAGUAAAACGUGUCGUAUUCCAACACAACACACAUACACACAAACAAACACACACACACCACACUCGUAUAUGUGAGCAUUAUAAAAUACAUAAAAAUAUAUAUAUAUUUUAUUUUAAAAUUACAAAUUAGUUGUUAAACUUGACACAAGCGUUUGCUUUUGAUUUUAAAUUAUUAAUGACGAAAUAUGAUUAUUUUUAACAUGCCUACAACGAUUUUUUUGUAGAAAUGUUUUUUAACAAGGGAUUAAAUUUGUACGAUUAUUUCAAGUAACGCAAACAAAAACCAAUCAUGAUAAUUUUAAGUGAAUGUAAACAAAACAAAACAACAAACAACAAACAAUGCAAAUAAUCUGCGGGGUCUCUUAAGUUAAGGAUUCUUCAGCUCAUGCACAUACGUACAUAUGUGUGUCAUGUAUAUGAGAUAUGUGUAUCCUUGUAUCCUUGUAUUGUAUAAUUGUAACUGUAAUUGCUGUUUCGACAAUUCUAAUAAUACUUGAAGUUUAAAGCUUUAAACAACAAACACGAAAUAGUUUUAAAAUGAGACGAAAUACAAAAACCAAGCCUCAGUUGGAACUUGUGAUGUAAGACGAAAUAAAAUGGGGCAUAUUAAAUCCAUAUAAUCCCGUACAAUAUUAACUACUACUAUAUAUACUACAUAUACAUACAUAUACUAUAUGUGUGACAAGCUGAUAGAAAUUGCAAUAAAAUUAACUGUACUUUCCCAAAAUCAAAAAACAAAAAAAGAAAAACACUCAAAACUCACUCAUACAACAACAAAAUUGAAUGGUUUCUUCAAUGUCGAAGCACAUUAUCUCUUAUAUAUAUUAAACAUAGCAGAAACUGAGUUACAGUAGCAAAACGUAAACUGAAUACCGAAAACAAACAAAAAAAACCCAACUGAAUGAAAUACUUUUGCUCUGCUCAAUCUCAAUCUCGAGGCCGCCAAUAACGAGUAUAUAUAAUAUCGUAUAUAUGUAGAUAUUACGUUUUUUCUAUUCACAGAACAGAAGUCACUAUCCCAAUUAGUGCUUCUUCAACUUCUAUGUGUCGAAAUUAAAUUGAGCUUUAACGUAAAUAAAAUAAAGUGGAAUAAACGUAUAUGAUUAUGAAGAAUAACAAACAAUUAUUACUUAUAAAUGUGCCGUUUAUUGCAACUCAAUGAAUAAUGAAUAAAUAGAGUCUAAGUACAUAUAAAUGUCUACAAUAAUAUACAAGUAUAUAUAUAUAUAUAGAGUACUACAUACAAACACAUAUAUAUACAUGUAUAUAUAUAUUUAUUUGCGGAAUACAUUAGAGCGAAUAAUGAUAUCGAAGCUAGAACAGCAAUUGCACAACUCUUCCUAAAGGAAAUAAAAUUAUGCCACAAUUAAACAACAAGAACAACAAAAAAACAAAACAAAAUCAAAGGACUAAAUCCAAGCAAUUAUAUACUUAUUGAUAUAUAUAGAUGUAUAUGUGUGCGUAAUUGUAUACUCUACUCUUCCAAUUAGUUCCACAACACACACACACACACAAUCCACAUCCCCAGAUCCAGGCCCAAAGUCGUCGUAGUGUUCCAACAAAACAAGUACAUAUACAUACAUACACAUACAUAUAUUAAACCCUAGCUGAAAUUGGAUUAGUGAAAAUCAUAAAAUUAAUCGUAAAAUCGUUAAAGUCAAAGGUAUCAAGUAUCAAGUAUCGUCAGAAGCUUACAAAUUACUUAUAUAUGAUAUAAAGAUAAUGAUCAAUUUCAAGCCCCUUACUUUAAAGUCUAAACCAACAUGCCGGGUAAUUAAUCAAUAAAAUGAGUAAUUAUUAAUUAUUAUUUAAGAAAACAAAAAAACAAUGAGAAAAAAUACAUUAUUCGUAAAAUGAGAAACGUAAGCAACGUCAAAUAUGGGAAAUCUGUAACUUUGGUGAUCUUUUUAAAUGUUAUUAGUAAAAAAUACACAAAAACUUACAAAAAAAAACAACAAAAA